UUGCUGCAUUCCAGGUUUUCCCUGGGGAAGCUCCAGAGCAGGAACCUGGCACAGCUCACACACAUUUCCCAUUUUUCCCUCCUUGCAGCAGCACUGGGGAUUUUCCUGCUGGAUAAUUUGGGUCUCUCUCAUUAUCUCAUCCUGCUCCACCACCCAGGAUUUGGAGAGGGUUUCAAAACUGGAUAAAACUGGAUAAAACUGGAUAAAAUGGGAGCUGGAUAAAAUAGGAUUGCACUUCCCAGCUGACAGCUUUUGAUAAGAUCCCCAGUGCUGCUCCCUGCUCCAUUUUUUUUUCCCCUGGGAGUUUUUCUGCCAUCCUGGGUCCUGUUCAGCCCUGGCUGUUUCCUUCUGGCAGGUGCAGCCCAGGUGGGAAAUCUGGAUUAUCUUCAGCACCUUUUGUCCUUCUGCUGUCGAAUAAAUCAUUUUUGGAGGAUGCAAAUUGCCAUUUGUCUCACUCUGCAAAGGGAGAGGGAGGGCAGGAAAGGGGUUAGGAGGGAAUUUGUGUUGCUGGCUGCACCCAAGGACCCCAAACCUCCCCAAUUUCUGUGAUUUCUAUGAGGAAAACACCACAAAAAAAAAAAGCUUUGUGUGUGCUCAGAGCAGCCUCCAGCACCUGUCCCAGCCUCCCCCAGCCCUCUGCCCUCUCUAUAUUUACCCAGGGGGAGCUUUCCAAGAAUGGAAGUGGUAAGAUAAAACCCCAGAGGGGCUAAAAUUAGUCCUGGCGUGGCAUUUCAGCUGUGAGCUGGCCCCACAGCCCAGCCCUGCCAGACCCUGCUCGUUUUGGGGUUCAGCCCCAGCAGGACUCCCCAGGGCACCCCAGGUGCUCUGAGCAUCCCAGAUCUUUGUCCUCAUCCCUGACCAUGAAAGCAGCAGAUGGAGCACAAAAUGAGCCUCAUGGACAUCACCAGGGUGUUCUCCCUGCUGCAGCCCAGGGAUGAGGAGGAGGGCAGCCAGGAGAGCGAGGAGCUGAGCCAGGCUGUGUGCCAGGACGACCACGAAACCCUGGCCAGGCUGCUGGCCCAGGACAGGUACAAGCGACUCAUCAACCGCCGGAGCGGCUGGGGGGUCCCCAGCACCCCCCUGCGCCUGGCAGCCACCCGGGGCUGCCUGAGGAGCCUGAGGGUGCUGCUGGCCCACGGAGCCCAUGUGGACAGCCUGGAUGUGAAGGCUCAGACCCCGCUUUUCGUGGCCGUGAGCAACGGGCACGGCGAGUGCGUGCGGGCGCUGCUGGAGCACGGCGCCGACCCGCUGGGCAGCAUCCUCAACAACUGCUCCCCGCUGCUGCUGGCGGCCAGGGACGGGCAGGUGGACAUCCUGCAGCAGCUGCUGGAGCACGGGGCUCAGCCCAAUGUCCAGCCCAGGCUGCCGGAGUGGGCGGCCGGCUCGGUGUCCUGCUCGGGGCCGCUCUACCUGGCGGCCGCCUACGGGCACCUGGAGUGUUUCCGUCUGCUGCUGCUGCACGGGGCUGACCCCGACUACAACUGCACCGAGCAGGGGGUGCUGGCCCACGUCAGGGAGCCCAAAACGCUGCUGGAGACGUGCCUGAGGCACGGCUGCCGCGGCGAUUUCAUCAGGCUGCUCAUCGAUUUCGGAGCCAACGUGUACCUGCCCAGCGUGCCCCUGCCCGGGGUGGCGGCGCACGGCGAGGGGAUGCGGCUGCUGCUGCAGGCUAGAGCUCAUCCCAAAUCCCUGCUGUCCCAAUCCCGCCUGGCCGUGAGGCGCCUCCUGAAGCAGCCCAGCCUCUCAGCUGCCCUUGGAGAGCUGCAGAUCCCCACAGUCCUGGCCAAAUACCUCCAGCACCAGCCCUGACCCCCAGGGACACCCCAGCUCAAUCCUGCCCCACCCCCUGCCACUGGAUCCCAGCGGCACCACUGGGAAUUUGUGGUCACAAGUGGAUUUUUGGGGAUGGAAACUGUGCCCGUGUGGGAAAGUGGGAAGGAGACAGAGGAGAGGAGAUCUGAUUCCCCUGGGUGUGCCUCAGACCAUCUUUACAGAGGGAUUUUAUAUUUUUAGCUGAUUUUGGUUGGAGAAGGGGGAAUUCCUGGCUGGGAGGAUGGGGAUGCCCUGGCACCCAUUCCCAGAGCAGCUGUGGUGCCCCUGGAGGUGCCCAAGGCCAGGCUGGACACUGGGGUUGGAGCAGCUGGGAUGGUGAAAAGUGUCCCCAACAGGAUGGGAUUUGGGAUCCCUCACGAUUCCACAAUUCCCACAGAGGUUCCCAAGUGCCUCCUCCCCUUGGGAGGGGCAGGACUGGAGCACAGGAGGGGCUGGGGGAAAAUCCAGAGUCCCAACAUCCCCCCUCCUCUCUCUGCCCCAGCUCUGGCCCUAAAUAUCAUCUUCUCACCCCAAACAUCCCCUUCCAACCCCAAACAUCCCCUUCCCACCCCAAACAUCCCCUUCUCAUCCCAAACAUCCCCUUCUCACCCCAAACAUCCCCUUCCCACCCCAAACAUCCCCUUCUCAUCCCAAACAUCCCCUUCUCACCCCAAACAUCCCCUUCCCACCCCAAACAUCCCCUUCUGAUCCCAAACAUCCCCUUCCCACCCCAAACAUCCCCUUCCCACCCCAAACAUCCCCUUCUCACCCCAAACAUCCCCUUCUGAUCCCAAACAUCCCCUUCCCACCCCAAAUAUCCCCUUCUGAUCCCAAACAUCCCCUUCUCAUCCCAAACAUCCCCUUCUCAUCCCAAAUAUCCCCUUCUCACCCCAAACAUCCCCUUCCAACCCCAAACAUCCCCUUCCCACCCCAAACAUCCCCUUCCAACCCCAAACAUCCCCUUCCCACCCCAAACAUCUUUGAAUAUAUUUGAAUUAAAAUGUUUUAAUAUUGGAAUU